AUAAAGACAGAAGAAGACCUCACUGUCCUGUCUGUCGGCGUGACUGUGGGUUUUGAGGCUAAAGAGGCAGUCAGCAAAUGUCCACAAUGAUGCAUGCAGCCCUGGGUGUCUGGAUCUUAUCAGCAGUGGUCUGUCUGGGAAGAGGCCACCACCAUGAAGGACACACUGAUGGCAGCCUCUCACACGUGAGCACGGGAAACAAAGAGUUUGCCUUCCGGCUGUACAGGCAGUUGGCGGCUCAUUCUAAGAACCAGGACAAGAACAUCUUUUACUCACCAAGUAGUGUGUCCGUUGCCUUUGCUGCCUUGUCUGUCGGAGCCCGGGAGGAAACCCUCCAACAGCUUUUGAGUGGUCUUGGUUACAACAGUUCCCAAGUUACACAGAAUGAUAUAAACCGAGCCUUUAGUAUGAUCCUCAAAAGGCAAGAGAAUUCAUCAGACAUCAAUGAAGGGACUGCUGUGUUCCUGGAUAACACCAUCCAGCCAAAACCCGAGUUCCUGAAAGAUUUGAAAGAAUCCUUUUAUACAGAUGUGUCGAAUGUUAACUUCCAGCAAACAACAGAAAGUGCUGACACGAUCAAUAAAUAUGUAGCGGAUAAGACACAUGGGAAGAUCGAUAAGUUGGUGAAGAAACUGGAUGCCGGCACCAUCAUGUAUCUCAUAAGCUACAUCUACUUCAAAGGAAUGUGGAACAGUCCUUUUGAUGCCAAACUCACAAAAGAAGACGAGUUUACCGUUGAUGAGAAUACCAAGGUUGCUGUCCAGAUGAUGAACAAGGAGGAUCGUUUUGAUGUCUAUCAUGACCUGGCAAUUAACACGACGAUCUUGCGCCUUCCCUUCAACAGCUCUUACUCCAUGCUCCUUCUGCUGCCUGAUAGCAUGGAAGCACUAGAAAAGGAAAUAGGCCCAGAACAUGUCACCAAAUGGUCAAAGUGGAUGAAAGAGAGGAUGUAUGAUGUAUAUAUUCCAAAGCUCUCUAUUAAGACUGACUACGCUCUGAAGGAAGUGCUGAUUGAAAUGGGAAUGACUCACAUGUUUGAUAAUCGAGCAGAUUUGAGUGGCAUUUUGGAGGGGAAGAAUAUUUUGGUCUCCGACGCUGUGCACCAAGCCACCCUUGAUAUUGACGAGACUGGAGCCACCGCUGCAGCCGCCACAGGCGUUGAGAUCACUUUGAUGUCCUUCCAACACGUCCCUGUGCUGAAGUUCAAUCGUCCAUUCAUGCUUCUUGUCACUGAAAACACCACAGAUGACAUUCUCUUCUUGGGCAAGAUAAUCAAUCCCACCAUUUGAUCAACAGCAGUUGGUUUAUCCUCAUUAUUGUCACCAUAAUAAUAAAAUAAUAUUGCAGUCUUUGA